GAUCAAUCACUACAAAGUCCUUUGUUUUGGGCUCUUCACUCUUUCCCAAUCAUGGCCUCUAGGGACACGCAACCCAUGGCAAUCGAGCCUAACAUGACGGCCGAGGUGAUUGAUCUAGAUCCGCCACCUAUCAGAUUUCGCGAUGCAGUACCUCGAUCGCUCGAGCUGCGGCUGUACGUGUCGCAUUUCCUCUCUACGUGGAACUCUCGACUCUUUGAGUUCGCCGCUGUGCUCUUCCUGGCAUCCAUUUUCCCUAACACGCUGCUGCCCAUGUCUGUUUACGCUCUUGUUCGGAGCGGCGCCGCCAUUGUUUUCGGUCAGUCGAUUGGGUCGUGGAUUGACCGUGGCGAUCGCCUAACCGUUGUGCGCGUCUCCAUCGUCGGUCAGCGUCUGGCCGUUGCUUUUAGCUGUGGUCUGUUCUGGGCUCUGGAAUUGCGGGGUCAUUGGAUGAUGGACUCCUCCUCCUCCCGCGGUCUUGGGGAUGGCCUCUUUGCCCUGACUGUGGUGCUGGCUUGCGUCGAAAAGCUAUGCUCCGUCAUGAAUCUUGUGUCGGUCGAGAGAGACUGGGUAGUCGUCAUAACCGAGGGGAACGAAUCAACACGGCGAAUUGCUGCCGCAUCAACUCUUGUCGCCAUCUGGACCACCCUGGCGAUGAACAUCUUGUCGGUGGCGGUUGAAUAUAUCUGCAUCGCUCAGGUCUACAAACAUGUACCAGCUCUUGCUGUCCAAAGAGAUGAUGGAAACGCGCCAGCGCAAUCAAGGGCAUCGGCCUCGAAUAGGUCCCCUGCCUUAUCCUGGAUGAGAUCCCUGGCGCAUCGUGUCCUCCCCAUCGACUCGUUCCCCUUUUACUUUGGCCACCCAGCCUUCCUGCCGUCCUUUUCACUUGCGCUGCUCUACUUGACUGUGCUAUCAUUCUCGGGCCAGAUGAUCACCUACCUGGUAUCGGUCGGCUAUAGCUCGUUGCACGUCGGAGUCGCCCGCACCGUGAGCACCUUGUUCGAGUUGAGCGCCACGUGGAUUGCGCCUCGCCUGAUGAAGCGCAUCGGCAUAGUCAGAGGAGGGAUUUGGAGUCUGUGCUGGCAGAUGGCCUGGCUCGCCGCCGGUGUCGCAUGGUUUUUUACAGACGUUUCUGGUAAGGGCACCAACAGUAUAGCUUCUGCGACUGGGCUUGUCGUUACCGUUGCUCUCAGUCGAAUCGGACUCUGGGGCUAUGACUUGUGCGCUCAGAACAUCAUCCAAGACGAGGUCGAAUCGGAAUAUCGCGGCACCUUCUCCACUGUCGAGGCGUCGUUCCAGAACCUAUUUGAGCUGCUUUCAUAUGCGUCCACUAUUAUAUUCUCCCGACCGGAUCAAUUCCAAUGGCCCAUCGUCAUCAGUGUCGUGGCCGUUUAUGCUGCAGGUGGCUUGUAUGCGGCCUUUGUGCGGCGACGACGGGGACAUCUCUUUCAUGCACCGCCGUGUAUCGGAGAUAAAAGAGGCCAGUUAUGAGACUCCGGAACGAGUCGUUUUACUCGGCUCGCCUGUCGGAGAGACUAACUGCACUAUUUGUGACCUUCACCAGCCAGCCAUGUGAGGUUUUUCCCAAGUGAGUGAGCGCGCCGUCCUAGCGGCCUUCAACGGACCAUUGGAUACCCCGCGCCCGCGUGUGCUCGAACCCAUUGAUUGGACCUGCCUAGAAAACCUCUUCGUUAGCUCCGGCUUAAUAUUUGCGCCGAUGGUCCCCUCGAAACUGCAAAAAAAAGGAUGUCAAGCCUGUCUAGCCGCAGAUUCCAGGAGUGAGGCAACUCAACCACUUUUGUCCCGAUGAGCGACUGCAUCGGACCAACUGAACCUGUUGUUAGCUGCGUGUGCAUACUAUCGAGAAGAGCUAGCUCUAAAUUCAAGUGACGUUGACGCCCCAGAUUAGGACUAGAACUAAGUCAUUGCGCGUCGUGCAGCCGUGAAUGUAUACGACAAUUGUGCGGUCGGCUGCAACAGUCUGUCCAAGCCGCUCUCGAGGAUGGUCCCAAACAGCGUAGAGCUCAGCCCUGCCGAAGAACCAGGACAGUUGACGAAGAUUUUUUUCAGCUACUUCUGUGUGCAUAUAUGACUUUUCUGGGAAUGUAUAAAUUAAAGCGAG